ACCCUCAGGAGUUCUUUGUGAUGACGCCACAGCUCUGUGAUGCAGGGCUGGACCUUAGAACCAGAGGGAACUUCCAGGGCUCAGUUGCCUGAAGGCAGCACUGUGAUUCAGAAGAUGGAGAAUCUUCUCUUCACUCUGAAGAGCGUUAGUGCCACAUGGCUGAGCCCCAGCUCCGUUUCCUGGGUGGUGGAGAUCACCUUUGCCUUCCUGGGUGGGGUGGGGCUCUUCCUUUUGUUACUCCCAUGUCUCCAGAAGGAUGGAUCCUUACCAUCAAAGAGGAAAAAGAGAAACCUGAAGAAGGUCUAG